CAGCCGCCUCCAUUCGCUCGCAGCCGCACGCCGUGGGCCCGGCCUCGUUAGAGCGCUCCACGAUGAUUGCCGCGGCGCCUGAAGGGCGCGGCCGUCAUCGUACCGUCGCCACGCUUGCACUCUUUGCGAGCCUCGCCGUCGCGUGCUGGGUCUAUGCUCCGCAGGUCGGGCUGCGUCAGGAGCAGGAGAUGUCUUGCCGCGUCGGCUGUAGCCAGAAGGCUCCAAAGACCGAAGCGAGCGAGCUGGCCGAGGCAGUCUCGGACACGGCGAAGGCCAUGGCGGGCUACAAAAAGGGCGCUGCAAAGCUCGGUGCAGCGGCGACGCAUUCGUUGCAGAAGGACCAGCAGCAGCUGGCAGAGGAGAUGGCGGACGGAGCGCGAAAGAGCGGCAAGGCCUUUGAGCAGACCUUCAACCUCAACCCGCCGCCGGAGGGCUACGAGGUGGUGACAACCUGCGCGGACGUGGACGAGGAGGGCCACUGCUGGAAGACGACUGACGAGCUGCAGAAGCCGGUGCGGUUCGAGGACGCUGAGCCGACAGACCUGAACAUCAAACUGGGGGACAGCUGCACCCAGGAGCUGCUCGACACCUUCUUCGCCAACCAGGUCUCCAAGGUGGUCACCUACGCGAUGGCCAACGCCGCGGAGAGCGAGAACGUGCGCUCGGCAAUGCCCGUCGCCUCACUCAGAGGCACGCGCUUCCGCAUGACGAUGGCGACCACGCGGCAGAUCUUCAGCUCGUGGAACCUGACUCUCGUCUCGAUCGAGCCGUUCGUGGUCAAGUUCGGAACCUGCUAUGACAACCUCGAGUGGUGGCAGGCGCAGGACUGGUACACCAAGGGCUCUCACAUGCGCAUGCCCGACGGCCUCGAGGUGCAGAUCACCGGCAUGCGCGCCAAGGUGGCGUUCGAGUGGGACCUGGUCCAGGACUAUGGCUUGGGCGGCCUCUCUCUCGGCCAGGCGCCACACGCCGCGCCACUCGCCGUCGGCAGGGCGGUCGUGGGCUUGAACGGUUUCGUCAUCCUCGGCGUGGACUUGCACGACCCCGCAAGGGCGGCGAUCGACAGCUGCAAGGGCAAGUUCGAGUUUGAGAGCAUGGAGUUUGUGGGCGAGCGGAGAGAGCCCAACGAGCUCCUCUGCGGGGGAGCAAUUGCAUGGACUCGCCGCGGAGCUCUCCUCUUAGGCGAGCAGCUCAACGACAAGUUCUUCGCAAAGCAGAUCGAGGUCUUCUUCCCCGAGUUCGCCGCGCAGGUCGCCGACCUGAUCUGCUACGGCAACACCAAGAAGCGGCCCACCUCCGUCAUCGACAACGAGGAGGGCAUCACCUUUGGCUUUGUCGGCGCGCAGGAGGGGAUCAACUACAUGGCGCUCAGCCCGGUCGACUUUUACAUGCAGCAGGACGCGAUCUGGCACAACGACCCCACGACGCGCUGGAAGAAGGCCAAGGAGGACCAGGCGAGACCCGCCCCCUAUUCCUUUUCGGGCUACUCGUACGGCGACAAGACCGCCUCCGAGCGCGGCAUCGGCGACGUCGGCGGCAUGGCAGCGGCCGUGCUCCCCGGCUGGCAGGACAGCAAGGCGCGCAAGGGCUCAGAGGUGAUCUUCGUCAUGAGUGAGGGGCUCUAG